CGCAGCCACAACCCUGCCUGCCUCUGAACCAAAAUAGACAGUUGAGGGCAGAGCAGCUGAUAAAGCAACCAGAAAUGGCUUCCACCGGAGUUCUUCCCUUCAUCAGGGGGGUAGAUCUCAGUGGAAACGACUUUAAAGGCGGGUACUUCCCCGAGCAUGUGAAGUGUAUGAGCAGUCUGCGAUGGCUGAAGCUGAACAGGACCGGACUGUGUUACCUCCCAGAGGAGCUGGCCUCUCUGCAGAAGCUGGAACAUCUUUCAGUGAGUCACAACAGCCUGACCACUCUACAUGGAGAACUGUCCAGCUUACCCAACCUACGGGCGGUGGUAGCCAGAGCCAACAACCUGAAAAACUCCGGAGUCCCCGAUGACAUCUUUCAGCUAGAUGACCUCUCUGUGCUGGACUUGAGUUUCAACCAGCUGACGGAGAUCCCCCGGGACCUGGAGAACAGCAGGAACAUGCUGGUUCUGAAUCUGAGCCACAACAGCAUCGACGCCAUCCCCAACCAGCUGUUCAUCAACCUGACAGACCUGCUGUAUCUGGACCUGAGCGACAACAAGCUGGACAGCCUGCCGCCGCAGAUGAGACGCCUCGUCCACCUGCAGACGCUCACACUGAACAACAACCCGCUGAUGCAUGCCCAGCUGCGGUGAGGAGACAGAACUCUGUCAUUAUUUCCU